AUGCUUUUCUACGUUCUUAUUUUUCCUUUAUUGGCAUACGCUCAGUCUAGGAAAGGUGAUCUUUCUGGAUUUCCAACAAGCUCUGCCAAUAGCACCUCCUAA